GCUGGAAAAUCCGGUUGGGCUGGUCUUGUUCAUAAUCGAAGAAUCUUCUUUAUCGCCGUUUUCGCCUCUCUUGGUGGACUGUGCGUGUGUGCAUUCCUAUGCCUUCUCCCAAACUAACCCAGAAGAACUAGCCUCUAUGGUUAUAACCAGGGUGUCUUCUCAGGUGUGCUAAGUAUGAAGUCAUUUGACGAUCGGAUGGCUUCUGCUGUCGACAAUACUGGCACUAAGGGAUGGUUGGUUGCUAUCCUUGAAUUGGGUGCAUGGUUCGGUGUUCUCUGCACGGGUUAUCUCGCGGACAAGCUUUCUCGCAAAUACACAAUCGUGCUCGCUGUAAUCAUCUUUUGCGUCGGCGUGGUUGUUCAGACUGCUGCAUUCCACCCCUCUUCGAUUUACGGAGGGCGGUUCGUCACGGGUUUAGGUGUUGGAUCGCUCAGCAUGGCAGUCCCGCUUUACAACGCCGAACUUGCGCCCCCCGAAGUCCGAGGCAGUCUUGUUGCCCUUCAACAACUUGCCAUCACUUUCGGCAUCAUGGUGUCCUUUUGGAUUGAUUACGGUACAAAUUACAUCGGAGGGAAGAACCAAAGCGAAGCUGCAUGGCGGAUCCCCCUCGCACUUCAACUUGUCCCCGCUCUUGUCCUCGGGGCUGGUAUCCUAUUCAUGCCCUUUUCUCCCAGAUGGCUUGUCAAUCAGGGAAGGGACGACGAGGCGCUGGCAGUCUUGAGCAGGGCUCGUCGCCUUCCACCAGACUCUGAUCUCGUCCAAAUCGAGUUCUUGGAAAUCAAGGCUCAAUAUCUCUUUGAAAAGGAGAGCAACGCUCUCAGAUUCCCUCAGUACCAGGAUGGAACGACCCGCUCUAACUUCCUUCUUGGAUUAAAUGCUUAUUUGAGUUUGAUCCGAACUCGCACCCUGCUCUACAGGGUCGUCAUCGGCUCAGCAACGAUGUUUUUCCAGCAGUGGACGGGCGUAAACGCUAUAUUGUACUAUGCUCCUAGCAUAUUCACGGACCUUGGUUUGACCGGCAAUGCCACGAACCUCCUUGCAACAGGUGUAGUGGGUAUCGUGAUGUUCCUUGCCACUAUCCCCGCUGUGCUCUACGUUGACAAAGUUGGCCGUAAACCUGUUCUCGUAUCUGGCGCCUUCAUCAUGGCCGCUUGCCACCUUGUCGUUGCCACUGACAUUUGUUUUAAAGGUGCUGGUUGGGUCGCUUGCGUGUUCGUUUGGAUCUUCUCCUCUUUCGGCUACAGUUGGGGACCCUGUUGUUGGAUCCUUGUCGCCGAGAUCUGGCCUCUGAGUAUCCGUGGAAAAGGUCUUUCUAUCGCCGCUUCCUCGAACUGGAUGAACAACUUCAUUGUGGGCCAAGUUACGCCGUCUAUGAUGACCCACCUAGGCUUUGGCACUUUCGUCUUCUUCGGGUAUUCGUGUUAUCUCCUGCACCACGGCACAAAGGGGCUGACUCUGGAAGAGAUGGACGCCGUGUUCGGCGACCGCGAGGGUCUCGGUGUUGCAGACCAAGAACGCCAGACGGAAAUCGCCAACCGCAUCGGUCUUAGCGCCUAUGCCGAGGGUAGGGACAAAGGCAGUCCAGAGCGUUACGAUGACGAGCCGAAGGUGUAAGCUCCCCGAGAUGCAAGGUUGGUGAACUACGGGGGAGCUUCCCCUGUACUGGACCGUAGAUGAUGAAUAUAAUGUCCUCUUGUGGGGCGGGCCGACCGAGUGGAUUUAAUAGUGUACACGUCUCUCAGUCAGACAAAUGAAAAUUUCAGCUUUCCUAUUAUUCCGAG